AAUACUUGCUAGCUCCCAUCUUUCUGGUAAAACUGAAAUCUUGCCGUUUCCAUUCUUCCCCUGCUAUCUUCUCAUUUCCUCCUCGCAACCUUGGCGCUCGGAGCCUCGGUUCUCUGCAGCUUGCUCCGAUCCACCCAUUGUGGAUGACGCUGGCAGCGAGCGCAGUCUCCUGUCGCGGUCCGCUCCCCUCCAAAGAUGAUACUUGAUUAGGUUGGAAAUGGCAAAGUCCAAUUGCUACAUGGAAAUAUAUGCGUUCUGGCCGACAUAAUGCGGUCAUAAAAUUUGCGACAAAGAGUACUAAGAGGGAAAGGAGAAAAUUUCAGAACAAGCCAAAUGAUUCACUGUUGAUAAGUGAGGAAGCUUCUUCAGGCAGUGGAGGAAGUGCCAGCACAGGCCUUGAGGUCGAUGGUGAGGAUGUUGCUACUGAUGAUCAAAUUUCAGGUGCCCCAAGGAGUGCUGUUCUUCAGGCUUGCACUCUCACAUCAGGCUUGCUGCUUGCUGGAGGGCUUCUUCUUCGACAGGCAUCACACCUUGCAUCUUUAAAUGGAUGGCCAAUUUCUGAUCCUACAGAUGUGUCAUUCAAUUUUGAAACUUGGCAUCUCGAGUUGGUAGCAGGACUUGUAAUAGCAAUCUCCUCUAGCAGAUACAUUCUGCUACAAACAUGGUCAGAUUUCAGAGAUUCCAGUGAAGCUGCAAAUACACAAAUCCUUACGUCACUAGAGCCUCUGGACUACAUUUUUGUCGCUUGUCUACCCGGGAUAAGUGAGGAGUUGCUCUUUCGAGGGGCACUGAUGCCUAUCUUGGGAUUGAACUGGAUUAGUGCCCUUAUCAUCGGAACCAUUUUUGGUGUUCUUCACUUGGGCAAUGGCAGGAAAUAUUCAUUUGCAAUCUGGGCAACAUUUGUUGGAUUUGCCUAUGGUAUAGGAACCAUAGCUUCCUCAAGCGUUAUAGUUCCAAUGGUUUCUCACUCCAUAAACAAUAUUAUCGGAGGUUUACUUUGGCGCUUUACCAAGAACUCACAAAAAUAAGUAUAUAUAAUACCCUUAACAGUCAUCCCUGUAAGAUCUUUCACUAGUUUAGGCUUUUUAAUCCUUACUAGUUCUGUUGUAAGUAUGUUUUUUUUGAAAUUGAUUCUGUUGUGUGUAUUUUUUUUUCAUUCAUGUAGUUUCAGUAGGUGUAGGUAUAGUAACUUUUCAUCUUCUUGUUUUCCUAUGACCAUAUGGAAAAUGAAGUUAAAGACGACUACCUAUGGAAAACAAAGUGUGGGUUCAUGGUCAACAGGAUAUAAGUUGCAAUAAGCUUGAAACUAUUCUUUA